CAGCUGGAGCUGCAGGCACAGGGGCGGUGUUCAGCGCGCCGGCCGGGACUUUUUCGAAGCCGCGUCAAUUGACGCAGACCGGUCAUUUUGCCGGUUAAAAAAGGCUGCCUGGCUUCAUAACAAAAGCAGACACCGGAAAUUUUUUAUGAGAAGUUGUGAUGAACUCAGACCCGGAAAGGCCGUAUGUUUGCAACGCUCCUGGCUGUUCUCAGCGCUUCCCCACUGAAGACCAUCUGAUGAUACAUCGACACAAACAUGAGAUGACCCUUAAGUUUCCUUCCAUAAAGAAUGACAACUUGUUAUCAGACCAGACGCCAACGCCAACACGCUUCCUGAAGAACUGCGAGGAGGUGGGACUGUUCAGCGAGCUCGACUGCUCCAUCGAGCAAGAGUUCUGCAAGGCCCAGGAAGAAGAAGACUCCAAACAGAACAUCUCUCUACACGGCCAAGGGGGCCAACACCAGCAGGCCCACUCGAGAAUGGGCAACCACGACACCAGCAUAGUGAUCCAGCAGGCGCUGCCCUCUCCUCAGUCCAGCUCCGUCAUCACUCAGGCUCCAUCCACCAACAGACAGAUUGGGCCUGUCCCCGGCUCUCUAUCCUCGCUGCUGCACCUACGAAACAGACAGCGACAGCCUCUGCCAGCCUCCAUGGCUGGCACGCUGCCAGACCCCACCAUGCCUGGCUCCUCGGCCGUGUUGAUGCCCAUGGAGAGACAAAUGUCCAUGGGGGCCAACAUGAUGGCUAUGCAAGGUCCCGCCCACAACAGCCCGUGUUCCUCGGCGCACAUUCCCUCCAUGCACUCAGAGGCCAAACUGAGGCUGAAAGCUGCACUUUCACACCAUCCCGGCGCCAUCGCCAACGGAAACAUGAACUCCAUGGGUCACAUGAUGGAGAUGAUGUCGUCGCGGCAGGAGCAAGUCAACCACCAUCACAUGCACUCGCACUCUCACUCGCACCCUCACCAGCACCUCCAAGCACCUCCCCACGCGUACCAGCAGCACCACGGCCAUCACCACCACAGCCAGGGUCACAACCAGGGCCACGGCCAGGGCCACGGUCAGGGUGGCCACCAUCACCCGCAGGGGCACAACCCCCAUCACAACUCCCACAAUGCCCACCUUCAUCCCGGGCACCCGCACCAGACUUCGCCACAUCCUCAGAUGCACUCCGCUUCACAGAUGUCUCCCGCUACCCAACAUAUGCAGCCGACGCAGACGCUUCAUUCCCCGCCCCCCAGCGGCGGCCGGCGCAGGCGCGUAGUGGACGAAGAUCCGGAUGAACGUCGGCGGAAGUUUCUGGAACGGAAUCGAGCGGCGGCGACGCGAUGUAGACAAAAGAGGAAAGUCUGGGUCAUGUCGUUAGAGAAGAAAGCCGAAGAACUCACGCAGACCAACAUGCAGCUUCAGAAUGAAGUGACCAUGCUAAAGAACGAGGUGACCCAGCUCAAGCAGCUCCUCCUCACACACAAGGACUGUCCCAUCACCACUAUGCAAAAAGAGUCCCAAGGUUACCUCAGUCCAGAGAGCAGUCCGGCCGGAAGUCCAUCUCCAGCUUGCACGCAGCAGCAGGUCAUUCAGCACAACACCAUCACCACCUCCACCACAACUGUAGGGGGCGGCGUUAUGCACGGACAAGCCAACAGCCGGACAGACAUUAACCCCAUCCGCUAGGGGAGCAGAAAGACUGUCCAGCCCCGGUGGUCACCCCCACCCCCAUACCUCCCUUCAGCCCAACCCACCUCUGCUUUCUGAGGCUCUCCAGCUGCACACAUUGCCCCCCCCCAUCAAGAAAAACCUCAAAAAGCCUCCAAGGCUCUUCUUUUUACAGUAGCCAUGCUAUGUAUUUUUAUAAACCCUAUAAUGUGUAUGUUUGAUGGUAUGUUGCCUAUUUUUUUUUUUUAACAUUUGCUUUUAAUAUGUCAGCAACAAUGCUAUGGAUUUUUUUUUUUUUCUUCCGGUACAAAAUGGACCAAAGCAUUCAUGUAGGGAACAAGAGGGAAAAGACUGGAGGCUUUCAUCUCUUAUUUUAUUUUCUAUUCAUUUUUUUCGUACAAAAAAAAGCUACUAAAUUCUCCUAAAAACACAUAAAGCAUUACGGGCUGUAGCUUCACAACCUUACGACUGUUAACCUCAUUACUGCCAGUCUUAAAGAUUUGUAUGAACUUCGUCGUUAUUGUCGUAGCAUAGCGCUCGAGGGACAAGCGAUGUGGAUGAUGUAAAAUGAUGAGAGCGGCGAGGCAGCUUUAAAAUCACAACAAUCUCCUCCAGGACCACCCGAAGCUUUAACUUAAGGGCGGGGAAGCCUUUUCCGAUAGAAAUGUCCGCCGAGGCCCAUGAUAAGUUUAUGAUACGACGAUCAAACAAAUGCACUUUUUAUUUUUGAAUUUUGAUAACUCCUCUGAGGUUUUAUUCGUUUUUAGACUUGCAUGGAAGGUCGGAUCAAAUCCGCAAAAGGAUAGUAAAACGCAUGUCCUCGUCAGAGAGCAUCUCUGUAAUCCAUAACUGAUUUUUUUCUUUUUUCCUAAAGAGGAGCAAUUUAUGGCAGUGAUUUCCCAAUGUGCCUUGGUUAUUUUAUUUUCUUCUUCACUCAUAUCUAUUUCAGGUUAUCGAUAGUUUUGCCUCUUAUUGGCUUUUGUCUUAGAUUUCUUCUUCAUUAAUCUUUCUCAGGCCUUUUUUUUUCUUCUCUCUUUUUAACUCAACGGCGACAUACCGAGGAAACGGGAACGUUUCUUCCACUUUGUGACCAGGAAUGUCGAGGCGAGCGCCCUAAAGCACUGUGUUGUACAGUAAAAGGUGAAGCAGAGCUGUCUAUGCACUUUGAGGGUAAGAAUAGCCAUAUUAAACGGGGUCAUGCUCACUGACACCCCCCCCCCCUCUUUUUGAGAAACGUCUUUGGGUCUCAGUUGAAGAAAAUGUACUCGUAAAGCAAAAUUCCGCUCGCCUCACGUCUUAACUUUGUGCAGUAGCAUUUAAAUGCAGGAGGGAAGUUCCUCCUGAGAAAAGGGCUUGAUUUCAAUUUUGAAUUCCCACGUCUUGAUGAUUACACCAGUGGUUCUCAAACUGGGCCGUGGUCCGGGUUACAAGAUGUCACUAUGGGUGUGGAACCUUUCUAGUUUUAGUCCUCAGGGCAAUACUAAAAGAAAAUCUUACAAGUUCAUUUUGAUAUAUUAUCAGCAUUUGUUAGUCUUUUUUUUUGGAAUACCAUGGCAGAUUUUAAUUUGGACUUGCAUGGCGGGUUGUAUGAAAUGUU